AUGGACUUCAACAACAAUGACAACCCUGUUAGUUGUGAUAUAAAAGAAGAAAAAAGCAUUAUUGAUAUCGUUCCUGCGAUAGCGCAUCGUGAAGUUAUGAUGCUUGAAUAUCUGAAGUUGUUGGACGGGAGGUUCCUGAAGGAUCUGUGGAAGUUUGACCCCUGUUAUCUGAUGACUGAUUGGUACUUGAUCGCAAUAGCAUUCUCUUACAUAGAAAGAUGCGUCAUAGCCCCAUAUCAGUUCACACCGCGACUUUUUGUUCAGUGUCUUUAUCUUGCCUGCGCAAUUGAAGAGGAUGAUAUUGAUUUAAAGCAUGACCUUUAUGCGUGGCUCUACCGACAAUCAAACUGUCUGUACCCCAAAAAAGUUUUCAUGGGUGAUAUGCGCAAGUUAGUGAAGAGUCUAGACUAUAAAACCGUUGUUCAUGAAGCUGAUUGUCAAACGAUUCGAGGAAUGGCGCCUCAACAUCCGAUUUGGAACCGCAAUAGAUCUUUGGACCACGCCAUGAUUCUUAGAGACUACAAGAAAAACUUCGCAAGUCGCCGCAAAUCAAGAAAUAUUUUGCUUUGCUUCAUCUGCGAGUUUCAGAGAGAGGAAAGAGUGAAAAGACAAGUGUACAGCACCCCGACUUGCCACGCGCUCUCUAAAUUAUCAGAUACCCUGGAGCAAGGCGAUAGCGGUUUGGGACAUGUAUCGAACGCUACUCUUUUGCAAGCUUGUAGCGAUUCGAGUCUGGAAUGGAGAGAUGAAGCAGCAGAGGAAAGUCACUUCAAGGGUUCGAUAUUGGAGAACUUGUAA